AAUGUUUACAACCAGUGAAGUGGCUCUAGUUUCCCAGUAAAACCAGUGAUUUAGGUAAUUUUGCUGCACGGAGUGAAAUGACAGUUAGAUAAUGCCAAAUUAAAUGACGAGGUUAAACAUUCAGCGUCCUGAUUGGCCGUCUGGGUGUGUGCAACGUCCUGAUUGGCCGUCUGCGUGUGUGCAGCGUCCUGAUUGGCCGUCUGGGUGUGUGCAGCGUCCUGAUGGAAUGGGUGUUCGUUAUGAACCGGAUGAGCUCUCAGGGCAGCGCGGCGGCCCAGCGGCGGCGCAUGGCCCUGGGGGUGGUGAUCCUGCUGCUGGUGGAUGUCAUCUGGGUGGCCUCGUCUGAGCUCACCACGUACAUCUUUAAGCGGCAGGACUACAACAAGCCGUUCUUCAGCACCUUCACCAAAACCUCCAUGUUUGUUCUCUACCUGUUGGGCUUCCUGCUGUGGCGCCCCUGGCGCCAGCAGUGCAGUGGCGCCCUGAAGCGCCGCCAGACUGCCUUCUUUGCUGACGCUGAGGCCUAUUUUGCUCCCUGCACCACUGACAGCGCUGUGAACAACUGCUUGAGCGAGCCGCUCUACGUCCCAAUGAAGUUCCAGGACGCAGCAGCCAAUCCGUACGACUGUUUACCUGUAGACUGUGAAGCGCCCUCCAGAAAGCAACGGGUUCGUUUCAGCAACAUCAUGGAGGUGCGUCAGCUGCCGUCUACCCAGGCUCUGGAGGCCAAGUUGUCCCGAAUGUCCUACCCUGCCGCCAAGGACCACGAGGCCCUGCUGCGCACAGUGGGGAAGCUAACCAUCACCGAUGUGGCUAAAAUCAGCUUCUUCUGCUUUGUGUGGUUCCUGGCUAACCUUUCCUACCAGGAAGCUCUGUCUGACACGCAGGUGGCCAUCGUCAACAUCCUGUCCUCCACCUCAGGCCUCUUUACGCUCAUCUUGGCAGCCAUCUUCCCCAGUAACAGCAGCGACCGGUUCACCUUGUCCAAACUGUUGGCCGUGGCUCUCAGCAUGGGAGGAGUUGCUCUGGUGAGUCUGUCCAGCAUGGACAGCCCUGAUGAGAAAGGAGUCAUAGGCUCUCUGUGGUCGCUGGCGGGGGCCGUGCUGUACGCCGUUUACAUCGUCCUCAUCAAGAGGAGAGUGGACCGCGAGGAUAAGCUCGACAUCCCCAUGUUCUUUGGAUUCGUGGGGCUCUUCAACCUGCUGCUGCUCUGGCCCGGUUUCCUGCUGCUCCAUUUCUCCGGCUUCGAGGCCUUUGAGCUUCCCAGCCAGCUGGUCUGGACCUACAUCCUGAUCAACGGCCUGAUCGGAACCGUCUUGUCUGAGUUCCUGUGGCUCUGGGGCUGCUUCCUGACGUCGUCUCUGAUUGGGACUCUGGCUCUCAGCCUCACCAUCCCGCUCUCCAUUCUGGCAGACAUCUGCCUGCAGAAGGUCCGGUUCUCCUGGCUGUUCUUUGCCGGAGCCGUCCCCGUCUUCCUCUCCUUCUUCAUUGCUGCGCUGCUCUGCCACUACAACAACUGCGACCCGGUGCUGCUGGCGCUGCGCCGCCUCUACACCUUCAUGUUCAGGAAGCACCGAGCGCAGAGACUGUCAGACGAACAGUCUGAAAGCCUUAUUCCUCUGCACUCGGUUUCCCCGCAGGACGGAUCGUCCUUCUGAAGCCGUGGAGCCGCUGAGCCAACAGGCUGGAAGCUUCCUGGGCGUUGAACCUGUGCCUGUCAUCCAUCCAUCCAGCCUGAUCUUGUAUUUGUGGUUGUUUGUGUCAGUUCUGGUUUUGUAGAACCGGUUCCGGGUCGGAUCGUCGUUCUGCUGAGUCGGCUCUACUUAGUGCUGCUGUUUUCAGGAAUCAGUUUAAAAUCAAACAUCCAGUUAAAUCCAACUUUAUUUGCUUCGUUUGAGGCGAAUGAAACCAGAACAGCUGAUCUGGACCUGAGAACAAACUGAAGCUCAAAACCAGUGAAGAACUAAACGUGACGGAGAACCGCUGGACCAGAACACUAAUUUCUCCUGGAUGGAUUGACCUUUAACCUCAAAGGAAAUGAAAUGAUUCAGGUUGCUCUGAGUUUCCUCCGUUUAAUGGAGAUCAGAGCAGAAACUCGAUUCAGGCGAAGAAACACGUUUAUUUAUCAAUCACUACAGAUUUCUACUGAGUGACGCUGAAAACGCAGCGGAGCUUCCUGUCUGCCGGGACUUCUGUCCUCAAACAAAGCACUUCUUCUUCUUCUUCUUCUCCUUCUUUUUCUUCUUCUUCUUCUCCUCCUUCUCCUUCUUCUUCUUUCUCCUACUUUAUCGUUCCUUCCUGUGAACUCGUCCUCAGCAGAAGAAACCGACUCUUCUCGGUUCGUCCGGUUAAAUGUUUUUGCUUCUUGGUUUUUGUUUGUUGCACUUUCUGUUUUUUUCUUCUGUGGUGAUUUCAGCUGAGAAGAUUUAAAGAACAUUAAUGUUUUAUAAUGGUGCUUGUGAAAUCAUGGGUUGGUUUUUCUUUCUCAGGUUCUCUGUCUUGUUUUGAGGAUGUUGUACAAUCUAAAGAAAAAAGCUUAAAAAGUUAUCUUGUUAAUAAUAAUCGCCCCUUUAUCAACCAGUUCGUGAAUAAUUCUUUUAUUUUUCAAAACUGUUUUCAUACUUCAGUGCACUAUUAAAACAUAUCUUUCUAAAAUUCA